CGAUCCCGGAGUCUCGAGCGCCGGAGUGUGUGUCACGUGACCCUCUCCGCCGGUCCCGGGGUUUCUCUCUGUCUCUCUCUGUCUCUGGCUCAUGGCGGAGGCGCAGCGCUGAGGAGCGGAGAGAGGUUCACGGAUGGAGCUCGCUGUCGCUGUGCUGCUGCUGAACAGCCGCCGUUCACCGAGAGCCGCCGGAAGCGGGUUGUUGUUGCUGUUGUUGCUGCUGCUGUUUGUCCGGUGCGGUUUCCGGGGAAGCCGCGGGUUCAUCCCGGAGAGAUGAUGGCGGAGAGGCCCGUGGAUGUGUGCGCUCUGCCGCCGGAGGUCCGGGAGCAGCUGGCUGAGCUCGACCUGGAGCUGUCCGAGGGUGACAUCACACAGAAAGGAUAUGAGAAGAAGAGGGCCAAGUUACUGGCGCCGUACACAACGCAGACACAAAAUUUGACUCCGCCCCCACAGUAUGAUGGACAGGAACCUGGUCCAAGCUCUGCUACUGUGCCUAGCAACGCCUCCUCAAGCUCCUCCUCCUCUCGGCAUCGCCGCGCACGGAGAUCGCACAGGAGCGGUGGCACUCGAGAUGAGCGUUACAGAUCAGAUAUACACACUGAAGCUGUUCAGGCUGCUUUGGCUAAACACAAAGAGGAGAAAAUGGCGUUGCCGAUGCCGACCAAACGCCGCUCAGCGUACGUGCAGUCACCCAUCGACAACUGCAGCCCACCAGACUCGUCCUCGUCCUCGGAUGAUGAAAGCAGUCCGGGGGUCAGCGGCAGUCAGCAGCCAUCUCCGGACUCGUGGAUGAACAGCUCCAUCCCGGGUUCCUCCACCUCGUCCUCCUCUGCAUCCUCCACCAUGUCUCACGGAGAGUCUCGUCCUCCUCAGGCCCCUCAGCCACAAAGUCAACACACACACACACAGCCGCCACACUCACACUCGCAGCCAUCCGCCCUCGCCGAGGCCUUCGCUCACGCCUGCAUCGAUCCAGCAGGACUCAGUGGUCUGGGUGCUGAAGGCGAGUCUCCGACUCAGACACGAAAUCAAGGAUCACGUGUGGAUCUGCCGUCUAACGCCGUGGUGAGAGGAAUGAGUCGUGGACAGAGCAGAUCCAGCAUGAUGGAGACGGCAGACGUGAGAAGAGUGGGGAAAGGUGUUCCUGUGUCCAGUCGUGUGUCCACUAAGAUCCAGCAGCUUCUCAACACACUGAAACGACCCAAACGACCUCCACUCAGCGAGUUUUUCAUGGACGACCAAGAGGAGAUUGUGGAAGUCCCUCGGCCGGACCCUAACACCCCGAGGCCGGAGGGCCGUCAGAUAAUCCCAGUGAAGGGUGAGCCGCUGGGCGUGGUCAGUAACUGGCCCCCCGCCCUGCAGGCUGCUCUGGCCCGAUGGGGUGCCACUCAGGGCAAAAGCCCCGCCCUCACAACCCUGGACAUUACAGGAAAACCACUCUACACUCUCACAUAUGGGAAACUGUGGAGUCGUAGUGUUAAACUGGCCUACACCCUUCUGAACAAACUGGGAACCAAGAACGAGCAGGUGCUCAAGCCUGGAGACCGGGUGGCGCUCGUGUACCCGAACAGUGACCCCGGCAUGUUUUGGGUGGCAUUUUAUGGCUGUUUGCUUGCAGAGGUCAUUCCUGUGCCAAUAGAGGUGCCGCUGUCCCGCAAGGAUGCAGGCAGCGGUCAGGUGGGCUUCCUGUUAGGGAGCUGUGGUGUGAGUCUUGCGCUGACCAGUGAGAUCUGUCUGAAGGGUCUACCGAAGACCCCCGCUGGAGAAAUCCUGCAGUUCAAAGGCUGGCCGAGACUGAAAUGGGUGAUUACUGACUCCAAAUAUCUCACCAAACCUUCAAAAGACUGGCAGCCGCAUAUCCCCACUGCUAACACCGACACGGCGUAUAUAGAGUAUAAGGCGAGUAAGGAGGGGACAGUGGUGGGCGUGGCCGUGUCGAAGAUAGCCAUGCUAACACACUGCCAGGCGCUCUCACAGGCCUGUAACUACUGCGAGGGUGAAACACUGGUGAAUGUUUUGGACUUUAAGAAGGACAUGGGUCUUUGGCAUGGCGUCCUCACAAGUGUGAUGAACCGGAUUCACACCAUCAGUGUCCCAUAUGCAGUAAUGAAGGCGUGUCCUCUGUCCUGGGUUCAGCGUGUUCACAUACACAAAGCGCGUGCUGCCUUGGUGAAGUGUCGUGACCUGCACUGGGCCAUGAUGGCACACAAGGAGCAGAGAGACAUCAGUCUGUCCUCACUGCGUAUGCUGAUCGUCGCUGACGGAGCCAAUCCCUGGUCUGUGUCGUCAUGUGAUGCGUUCCUGAACGUGUUCCAGACUCAUGGCUUGAAGCCGGAGGUGAUUUGUCCGUGUGCCACGUCCCCUGAGGCCAUGACUGUGGCCAUACGCAGACCUGGAGUUCCCGGCGCCCCGCUCCCCGCCCGGGCCGUGCUCUCCAUGACGGGUCUGAGUCACGGCGUCAUCAGGGUCAACACAGAGGACAAGAACUCCGCCCUCACUGUGCAGGACGUGGGUCAUGUGAUGCCUGGAGCACUGAUGUGUAUCGUGAAGCCAGACGGGCCGCCGAUGCUCUGUAAGACGGAUGAGAUUGGAGAGAUUGUGGUAAACUCUCGUGCUGGAGGAACCAUGUACUACGGCCUGCCGGGAGUCACCAAGAACACGUUUGAGGUGAUCCCUGUGAAUGCGAGUGGAGCUCCUAUCGGGGAAAUCCCGUUCGUACGCUCAGGACUGCUCGGAUUUGUCGGACCGGGCAGUCUGAUAUUCGUAGUGGGGAAGAACGAGGGCUUGUUGACGGUCAGUGGGCGUCGCCACAACGCUGAUGACCUCGUGGCUACAGCUCUCGCCGUGGAGCCGGUCAAGACCGUGUACAGGGGCAGGAUCGCAGUGUUCUCAGUGACGGUGUUCUACGAUGAGCGGAUCGUGAUCGUAGCGGAACAGAGGCCUGAUGCGAGUGAAGAGGACAGUUUUCAGUGGAUGAGCAGAGUGCUGCAGGCCAUAGACAGCAUCCAUCAGGUGGGUCUGUACUGCCUGGCUCUGGUUCCUGCUAACACGCUGCCCAAAACUCCUCUGGGUGGGAUUCACACCUCAGAAACGAAGCAGCUCUUCCUGGAGGGGGCGCUGCAUCCCUGUAACAUCCUCAUGUGCCCUCACACGUGUGUAACCAACAUGCCCAAACCUCGCCAGAAGCAACCAGUGGGUGUAGGUCCUGCCUCCAUCCUGGUUGGGAACCUGGUUGCAGGAAAGAGAAUCGCUCAGGCAGCAGGAAGAGAUCUGGGAAUGAUCGAGGACCAAGAUCUGGUCAGAAAGCUGUGCAUGUGGCCCACUAUGAUGCACCAGUAUCUGUCAGAAGCUCUGCAGUGGAGAGCACAGACAGACCCGGACCACGUGCUGUACGUACUGCUGAAUGCGAAGGGCGUGGCAGUUUGCACAGCUACAUGUGUACAACUUCACAAAAGAGCUGAGAAGAUCGCUGCUGCUCUCAUGGAGAGAAGUGGAAUUAGCAUCGGAGAGAACGUGGUGCUGUUAUACCCACCAGGUAUUGAUCUGAUUGCAGCGUUUUAUGGCUGCCUGUACGCGGGGUGUAUUCCCGUCACCGUCAGGCCACCACACCCACAGAACCUCUCAGCCACGCUGCCUACAGUCCGCAUGAUCAUCGACGUGAGUAAAGCCGCCUGCAUCCUCACCACUCAGAUUCUCACCAAGAUCCUCAGAUCUAAAGAAGCUGCUGCUUCAGUCAACAUAAAAACCUGGCCCAUCAUAAUAGACACAGAUGAUCUUCCUCGUAAACGUCCUCCAAACAUUUACAAACCUCCGUCUGCUGAUGUGAUCGCUUACCUGGACUUCAGCGUGUCCACCACGGGCAUGCUCACGGGAGUCAAGAUCUCUCACUCGGCGGUCAGUGCUCUGUGUCGCUCCAUAAAGCUGCAGUGUGAGCUGUACUCCUCUCGCCAACUCGCCAUCUGCCUCGACCCGUACUGCGGACUCGGCUUCGUGCUCUGGUGUCUCGCCAGUGUGUACUCAGGUCAUCAGUCCAUCCUGAUUCCUCCUCUGGAGUUGGAGAGUUCGUUGUCUCUGUGGUUGAGCACGCUGAGUCAGUACCGCAUCAGAGACACGUUCUGCUCCUACUCCGUCAUGGAGCUGUGUACGAAGGGACUCGGGGGACAAACCGACAUGCUGAAGGCUCGGGGAGUGAACCUGGCGUGUGUGAGGAGUUGCGUGGUCGUUGCUGAAGAACGUCCACGUCUGGCUCUCACUCAGUCCUUCUCCAAACUGUUUAAAGAUCUCGGGCUCUCCACCCGCGCCGUCAGCACCGCCUUCGGCUCCAGAGUCAACCUCGCCAUCUGUCUACAGGGUACAACUGGACCAGACCCCUCUACUGUGUAUGUUGACAUGAAGUCUCUCCGACAUGACAGGGUGAGGCUGGUCGAGAGAGGAGCGCCUCAGUCUCUUCCUCUAAUGGAGUCUGGAACAAUCCUUCCUGGUGUGAGGGUGGUGAUCGUAAAUCCUGAGACCAGAGGACCUCUGGGAGACUCUCAUCUGGGAGAGAUCUGGGUGAACAGUCCUCACACGGCGUCGGGUUACUACACCAUCUACGGGGAGGAGAGUCUGCAGGCCGACCACUUCAACACCAAACUGAGCUUCGGAGAUCCACACACACUGUGGGCCAGGACGGGAUACCUCGGCUUCGUCAAGAGGACCGAGCUCACUGACUCCAGCGGGGAGAGACAUGACGCUCUGUUCAUCGUUGGUUCUCUGGACGAGACUCUGGAGCUGAGAGGACUGCGCUAUCACCCCAUCGACAUAGAGACCAGCGUGCAGCGAGCUCACCGCAGCAUCGGAGAGAGCGCCGUGUUCACCUGGACUAAUCUGCUGGUGGUGGUGUCGGAGCUGUGCGGCUCGGAGCAGGACGCGCUGGACCUGGUGCCUCUGAUCACCAACGUGGUUCUGGAGGAACAUCACCUGAUCGUGGGCGUGGUGGUGAUCGUGGACCCCGGCGUCAUCCCCAUCAACUCCCGCGGAGAGAAGCAGAGGAUGCACCUGAGAGACUCCUUCCUGGCCGAUCAGUUGGACCCCAUAUACGUGGCCUACAACAUGUGAGGAGAACAUCUCCAGAUCUUCACGUGCUUCACGCUCAGCUUGAGUUCUCAUCAUGGGCUGUGAGUAAAAUAAAUAAAUCAAAAAAUCAGGUCCCGUCACUAUAAUUUAUUACUUAUAAGCACAUCAUUGUUCUCUUCGUUAUAUUUUAAAAACUAAUUGAAGUCAUUUAGUCGUCGUUCUUCUCACUGAGCUCUCAGUUUACGCACUUUUUAAAAGAUCUGUUGUAUAAAAAAUUGUUUCAAUUAAAAAAAAAAACAUUUCCGCAUGUAGAACCAGGUCUUAAAGUUUAUUUAUGCAGAAACUCAGAGAUUUUAAAUGUUUUUUUGGUACAAACACUGAAUUAAAUAAAACUUUCAUUUACAACUUCAUUAUUUAAAACAGUCCAUUAAAGAGGAACUUCACUCUCAUGUUUUACACACUGUCCGCUCUGUGUGUGUGUGUGUGUGUGUGUGUGUGUGUGUGUGUGAAAUACAUUUUAUUUAUAUUUUUUAGUUAUUUUGACCUAGACACUUUAUAAAAGCUACGAGGAUGAUGAUUAAAACCAAUCAGAUCAAAGAGUGACAUUUUUUAAUAAAUAAUUUUAAAUAUUACAUAAUAUUAAAUAUCCUUUUUUUUAAUUAGGCAGUAAUUCUUAAAUCAUUAAAAGUGAAAUAAUUUAUUAAAUUUAUUUAAAAUUUAUUCAAAUUUUAUUUCAGGUCCAGAAUUUUUUUUUCUUCAUUUCAAUCCAUCACUACUAAUAAAGACCCGUAACAGGAAUGUAAAAUGGAUGUGUAAAUAAAUAAACAACUAAAUAUAUUAACAAACCUGCACUGAGAUUUAACACACACACACACACACACACACACACACACACUGCUCUCAUAUUAAGGUGCUUCUAUAAAAAAUCAGGACGUGUUUGUAGUAUUUCUAACCUGCAGGAACGAAGUUGUACAUUUUUAUUACUGUAAACUAACAAACUGUACAAAGGCCGAGAUUUUACACACACUGAGACGGAGAAGAAGAUGCGGUGUGUGUGUGUGCGUGUGUGUGCGUGUGUGUGCGUGUGUGUGUGCGUGUGUGUGUGCGUGUGUGUGUGUGUGUGUGUGUUCUGUGCUGUUCUCUUAUUUCCUUUUUUCUCUGUAUAAAUAUGGAUCUGAUUAUAAACUGAUCUAACGUGCACAUCACUGAGACUGUAAAUAACCACUUGCUGUUUCUCUUCCUUCAUUUCCUCGUGUACGCUCGGCUUCACACUUUCACUCUUUCACUCUCUCACUCUUUCAGCGAACAGAAACUUUACGGUAUUCCUUCAGUCUUUAUUUUGUGUGCGUGAGAAAGUGGAGUGCUGCAGGAGAUGAGAGGAAACCGUGCUGUGAUAAUUUACACCUGUAUUUCACAGACAACAUGAUAUUCACAUUGUUUACUCUACAGCGUGUGUGUGUGUGUGUGUGUGUGUGUGUGUGUGUGUGUGUGCGUGUGUGUAUGUGUGUGAGGAGGUAAAAUGUCGUGUGUGUAACCUGCAUGGUGUGUACAUAAGUCAUUUAUGAUCAGUUACUUUUCUAAUCAGGGAUUAGAAACAUUACAGGGAAUGAAAAUAAAAAUAAAAAAAUGAAAAGAAAUUUUUCAGAGAACGUGAAUAAAAUCGCUCUGAAUUGUUCCAAAGUGAAAAUGUUAUUUUAAAAACUGUUUAACGUUAAAAACGUUAGUUUUCCGUUUGAUUUCAGGAAGAUAUAGCUUACGCCUAAACAUUUCCCAGUAUGCCUUACUUCCUGUCCAGAAUUCAAAUGGGUCACUUCCUGCCUGGCUACAGAAAGAUACGAUGUUAGAUGUUAUAAAUAAAUAAAUAAAUAAAUGAAUAAACAAACAAGUUUCUGGUUGAAUGCAGCGUUCAGUAUUAACUGUCAUUUUAUUACAUUUCCAACUAAAGAGGCGUGACGUGGAACGCUGGAGCAGGAACGGUAAAAAUAUAAUUUCUCUUCAGAACGAACCAAAAUGAAAAACAAAUCAUUUCUCAUCCCUGUUUAUAAUAAUGUCUUGUUCACACUGUUGAUCCCCGAAUGAUCGCGUUCGAUUGGUUUUGGUUUUAAACCCGAAAGAGAGGAGCUGAUUUUAUACUAAUGAUAUUUAGAGAAGUUGAGUAAAGUGUAUGGUGAUGAGUUCAUACUGAAAUUACACACAUCUCUAUUCCGAUGAAUUCUACAGUUAUAGAGUUUCACCAAAAUCAGACACGUCUCAAAAGCACAGUUCUGAUCUGAGGUGUACGUAGGACUGUUUUUUAAAAUCCCAAUCCUGCUCACUCUCACAUUUAUUUUUAUAAAGAAUUACGGCUGCUUUCAGACGAUCAGCGUUUUGCACUUAACUGUACGAAUGAUGAGCAUUUUUACCGCGAGGUUGAAGCCGUGCUACGUCACAAAGACGCGCUUGAAAACAUUCAAAGACCAUUCAGAGAGCUAGCCCAUUCUGCAUGUUUCUACAUCUCAAACAGAGAAAGGUUCUGUCUUUAGUCCUCUUUCGGAGAAGACGAGAUAAAACGCGCUGUGAAAAGUUUAACGUAAACUGGGACAAAGUUGAAUUUGAAUGAACUUUGCCAGCGCAAAGCAGCUUUACAGCAGGUAGCUUUAACGUUCUAUUUCCCAAAAUAUAAACAAUGAUAAAAAGCUAAAAAUAGUCACUGAAGAUGAGUGAAGUAACUAGUUACUGAAUGAACGAGUGCUCGGUCAGCUUAUCAUUCAACAUAGCACAAACACUGGCAUUAUUUUAUUAAUUCUACAAAUCAAAAUAUUCUGAUAAAAUCACACAGUUUACAAUUUCAUGACCUCGAUUUAGUGUCUCCUAACUUCAGUAAGCUGUGCAUGAAUAACUUUCACGAUAUUAAAAAAUAAAAUGUAAAAUAAUUAUAGGAUGCGCUGGAUCAAGUGCUAUUUUAUAAUCUGCUGGAAGCCAAUCAACGCGCUAAACAAGGCGUGUGUAUGGAACGCCAGAAGAGUCUCACAACACAAAACGAGCACGUUUUACUUUUAUUGUGGAGACUUUUGAGAGUUUUCAUGCCACAAAUUGCGCUGUAGUGUUUGGCAACGCAAUAAAAUACAUCACAAAAAUUAUUACAAUUAUUUAAAAAUUACAUUACAACAAUCAUGAGCAGUGUGUGUGUGUGUGUGUGUGUGUGUGUGUGUGUGUGUGAAUUUAUCUGGAUAAUGUUUAUGUAUAUAUUAAGGGAAAUCUGUCUGAAGGGAACAGGGUUGCCAGGUCUGCUUAAAAAACUCAACAAACAAAUCCCAAGUCACCAACAUCAUAACGUCAUAAAUGAUCUUGUUUUAUUAAAGAUAGUAAUAAAUAAUUAAUGUGUAAAAGAGUAAGUCAGAAUGUUUCAGGCGUUUCCAUGGUGAUGAGUUUGAGGGUCGGCUAAGUAUGUUGUUCUGAUAUAGAGAUAUUAAUCAUCUAAAGGAUGUAAAAUUCACGAACCUGGCGACCCUGCUGUCAGAGAUUUCCUGCCUUUUCCUGUUAAAAUGUACGACCGUGUUGCAUUGUGGGAUACGGUAACAAACACUCACACACACACACACACACAGAGCACUAAAUCAGGAAUCCGAGCUGCGUCUCAAAUUCCGUACUCUGCACUACACACUACAGUAGCAGAUUAUCUGUAACGCAGUACGAUCACGUUUUAAAUAAAUCGUAAAGAUUUUGCACUAAACAUCAGAACACGCUUCACUUUUCGACAGAUUUCACACAUCAUGUGAUCAAACUUCACACUAAAAGUACUCCAUUUGAGACACAGCCCAUGACCUGAUAACAUUGUCCUCUUGUGUUUCAGUUUAAUAAUAAUAAUAAUAAUAAUAAUAAUAAUAAUAAUAAUAAUAAUAACUAGGCUUGAUGAUUUUGUGCCACUUUCUUGCCGUGUAUGAAUAUAAAUGUGGACGUCAUGAUGAUAUGCAACCCUCUCCUCCCCUGUUCACUUUCCCUCAUUUCAUUUUGUACAUUGGUUUAAUUCCUGUUUUAUAUUUAAAUGCAAAAAAAAAGAAUAAAAGGCAUUUAUUUUGCAGCA